GACGCUUCAGGGGAUUGCUCCGCUCAGGGAGUGUUGAUAUUUUCCUGUCAGUCUGACGGAGAGCGGUCAAGUUGGAAGCCUGGAAGGGAGGUGCUUUUAAACCUGUCGUGUGCGGGACAGGCUGGGCUGUCCUGUCGCAGUACCUCUGCCUGAGAGUAAAAGCCUCGUCGAAAGAAGAGCAGGACGUCGCGGACGAGAAAAAAGGCCAGGAACCGGGGUGCCAACUUUGACAUCUGAGACGGAGAUUCACAGGAGGCCGAUUGCUCGCCUCCGAUUGGCCAUUGGUCGUCAGCGAGGACCCACGCAGUAGCUUCAAUUGGUUGGUGCCCGCAAUUGUUGUGGCAGUGGUGAAGAUUUUGCCCACGUACUUCCGAGCAAGAGGCGGGGGUUGUGCUCUGGCGCGCGUGCGCGGCGACUGGGGGGCCCCACCCGGUAGUUCAAGAACUUGCCAGGGGGCGGGGCGAAGAGGUGCUUGUUUUGGUUCUGUUUCCUUUGACACGGAAGGCCGGAACGAGCGUGACAGUCAGCUUGCCGAACUCGGAGAGUAGGCGAAGACACUCGCCGCACUGCCUGCAUCUUGGAUUUCACAUCCGGGUUCUUCUGUCGCGUGACCCGCGUGCCGCCUACGGUUCUCCAGCCGGUGCCUCAAUCUCUUUAUCCGGAUCCAUUCGAUUCCCAUCGUGCUUCGCGCACCGCAUUAUUCCCUCAUCCGGGUUCUCUCCCAGCGUGCCGUGCGCCGGGUUUGCUGGGGGCUACUGUGGUGUCCCGCCAUGACUAUUCUCCCCAAAAAGAAGCCGCCGCCUCCCGACGCCGACCCCGCCAACGAGCCGCCGCCGCCCGGGCAACUGCCCCCGGCGCCGCGCCGCGGCGGGGGUGUGGGCGUGGGCGGCGGCGGCACGGGUGUAGGCAGCGGCGACCGUGAGUCGGGCGUUGUGGGGGCCCGUCAGCGGGCCUCACCGCCACCUCAGGGCCCGCUGCCCGGGCCACCGGGUGCACUUCACCGCUGGGCGCUGGCUGUGCAACCUGGCGCAGUGCCGGGCCCUCGGCCUCAGCAGGGCUCUCCACCUCCUUGUGGGGGCCCAGGCGGUCCUGGCAGCGGCCCGGGGGACGCGCUGGGCGCAUCUGCAGCAGGUGUGGGCGCGGCGGGAGUGGUGGUGGGCGUGGGCGGCACGGUGGGCGUUGGCAGCUGCUGCUCCGGGCCUGGCCACAGCAAGCGGCGGCGUCAAGCCCCGGGGGUUGGGUCAGUUGGAGGGGGCAGUCCGGAACGAGAGGAGGUCGGCGCUGGUUACAACAGUGAGGAUGAGUAUGAAGCGGCUGCAGCACGCAUUGAGGCCAUGGACCCUGCCACUGUUGAGCAGCAGGAGCACUGGUUUGAAAAGGCCCUGCGAGACAAGAAGGGCUUCAUCAUCAAGCAAAUGAAGGAGGACGGCGCCUGUCUCUUCCGGGCUGUAGAACCCUCCGCGGAGGGAAGGGAAUUGCAUUUUCUGGCAAUUCUUCACAGAGGUAGACUGACCGUCAUGGAAGAAUUUUGCAGUGUUCCCUGCAGAACCUGCCCCUGCCCCAGUGCAGGAGAUCCCAUCAGAGCAGUGGUCUUCUAUGGAGACAAAGGGAAGUUCCCUCUUCGUCUUAGCCAGUGGACAUCAGCUGACCAGGUGUAUGGAGACCAGGACAUGCAUGAGGUUGUACGAAAGCACUGCAUGGAUUAUCUGAUGAAGAAUGCCGACUACUUCUCCAACUAUGUCACAGAGGACUUCACCACCUACAUCAACCGGAAACGGAAAAACAACUGCCACGGCAACCACAUUGAGAUGCAGGCCAUGGCAGAGAUGUACAACCGGCCUGUGGAGGUGUACCAGUAUAGUACAGAACCCAUCAACACAUUCCAUGGGAUCCAUCAAAAUGAGGAUGAACCCAUCCGUGUCAGCUACCAUCGUAAUAUCCACUACAAUUCAGUGGUGAAUCCUAACAAGGCCACCAUUGGUGUGGGGCUGGGCCUGCCAUCAUUCAAACCAGGGUUUGCAGAGCAGUCCCUGAUGAAGAGUGCCAUAAAAACAUCAGAGGAAUCAUGGAUCGAACAGCAGAUGCUGGAAGACAAAAAGCGGGCCACAGACUGGGAGGCCACCAAUGAGGCUAUUGAAGAGCAGGUGGCUCGAGAAUCCUAUCUGCAAUGGCUUCGGGAUCAGGAAAAACAGGCCCGCCAGGUUCGCGGUCCCAGCCAGCCCCGGAAAGCCAGCGCCACCUGCACUUCUGCCACAGCUGCUGCCUCCAGUGGCCUGGAGGAGUGGACUAGCCGGUCCCCACGGCAGCGGUCACCGGAGCACCCUGAGCUGCAUGCCGAGCUGGGCAUCAAGCCCCCUUCCCCAGGCACUGUCUUAGCUCUUGCCAAACCUCCUUCACCCUGCGCACCAGGUACAAGCAGCCAGUUCUCACCAGGGGCCGACCCAGCAACUUCCCCCCUCGUGUCCCUCUACCCUGCUCUGGAGUGCCGGGCCCUCAUUCAGCAGAUGUCCCCCUCCGCCUUUGCAGGUCUGAACGACUGGGAUGAUGAUGAGAUCCUAGCUUCGGUGCUGGCAGUGUCCCAACAAGAAUACCUAGACAGUAUGAAGAAAAACAAAGUGCACAGAGAUCCACCCCCAGACAAGAGUUGAUGGGGACCCAGAGACUGGAGACCAUCUCCCAACUCCCACCACUCCUGCCCUCCGGUGCCACCCCAUCUUCUUUGGCUUUCUCCCUCUUGCCUUCUUCCUCCUUCCCUUUCUCCCUUCCUUUUCCUCCUCCCCACUCCCCUCUUGCUGACCCACUCCUGUGCCCCCUCUCAUCGCUGCUGCCACCACCAUCAUCACGUGUCUCUUUGCCAGCUGACGUGCCCUGUUGCCCCCUGCACAGCACCAUCCCUGCAUUCCACAGGGGACUCGGGCAAGGGUGUCAAAGGUAGGCAAGAGGCACACAGAGACAAACCAACUGGCAGCCAGGCAGUCCCCGAGGAGAGACAUUUAGGCAGAGGGAAGCCUUCCUGACCCCCAUUCCUCCCAAGUUCCGAAGACCUUGUCAACCCACCUCCACAACUAUGCCAGGGAAGUGGGAGGAAGAAGUGGGGAAUUCCCCUUUCCAGUACCCUAAGAAUGUCUGAGCCUUCCAUGUUGAAUUUUUUCUUUAUUAAAAUGUACUUUUAUCUUAUAAAAUUAACCAGUCAAAAACGACAUAGACAACAGCAUUGACUCUACGAAGGUGGCAUCUCUGGUUUGGGGGUAGACAGGUUGUGGCACACAGAGAGGGCACACAGAUGUUGCUUUCUCUGGCCUCCAGCUCUGGAGGUGGGCAGGGUCUAGAGUACGAGCCAGGGCAGAGUAGGGGGGGCACAGGUGGUUGGUGUCACGUGGGCUUUGGACAAUGAGACUGACCUCACUGCAUUCCUGUUGCUUCCACCAUCACCACUACCAAUCUCUUUGGAAUCUUGGAGUAGGGGCACCUUUGAGGAUUAUGGCCGCCAUCCAGGAUUUGAGUGUGGGGAGUGGGAGCAGCCUUGGCAAUUGGGACACCUGUGCCCUGCAGGUGUUGACAAGAUCCACCAUCUGUAAUGUCCUUGGCACAAUAAAACCAAAUGUCAGUUUCCCUGA